AUGUAUCUGAGGGCUCUGCCUCUGCUGUUCGUAAUGGUAGAAAAGGCUUCAAGUUUGACCUUACAAAUACCAUUUAAAGAUGAACAGCGGAAUAGCAAAGAUGUUUCGGAGGAGAAUGAGAUUGAUCAGGAGAUGAAUAGCGCUGUUGAAGAACCAAUAGAAGAAUUCAACAAAAGAACGGAUUUGAUGGAAGCAGAUAUUAAAACACGAGUAAUCGAAGCGUCGGCGAAAGGAAAAUUCAGAAAUGCUUUCAAGUUUGACAGAUACACAACAAUUUGGCCAGACGGAAAGGUUGUUUAUAGAUUCGACACUAAGUUUAGUCCCGAGGGUGAAGAAGCUAUAUUAGCCGCAAUGAAACACAUUACUGAUUCGACCAGAGGAUGCAUCACAUUUGCCGAAAGAAAAACCGAACGUGAUUUUUUGAAUUUUUCCAACAAACUAGGAGGGUGCUGGUCGUACAUAGGUAUGCAGUAUGAUUAUGGCGCGGCAGAUAUUUCCCUCACUGAGCCUGGAUGUACGACCAAAGUGGGCACCAUUGUUCAUGAACUAGUGCAUGCAUUGGGAUUCUGGCACGAACAUAAUCGAAGCGAUAGAGAUGAGUAUAUCAAACUACACUCAGAAAACAUUAAAGAAGGCAAGGAGGUGAACUUUCAGAAAGAAGACUCUAUCGAUUUGGUUCCUUUCGAUUAUGGCAGUAUCAUGAUGUACGGCAGAAUGUUCUUCUCGAAGAAUGGAAAACCAACUAUUGAACCUCUGGAAACAGGAGCAACGAUCGGCCAAAGGGACAGAUUGUCGGAGACAGAUGUGUCCGAAAUCAGGAAGCUGUACAACUAUUUGCUUGAGGGCGAUGUCAAGGUUCAGCCUAAGGAUAAAGUGAAAGCUAAAUUCAAGAAUGCAUUUAAAUUCGAACAUUGGACCAGGAAAUGGCCAGGUGGCAAGGUUGCUUAUACAUUCCACACAACAUUUAGCUCAUCCGGUAAGAAAGCCAUUCUCGACGCAAUGAAGCAUAUCACUUCAAAGACUGGUGGGUGCAUCAAAUUUGCCGAGAGGAAAAGCGAACGUGACUAUUUGGACUUUUCUAACAAACUUGGAGGUUGCUGGUCUUACAUUGGAAUGCAGUAUGAUUAUGGUCCAGCAGACGUUUCUCUAUCGGAGCCAGGGUGUGUUUACAAAUUUGGUACGGUUGUUCAUGAACUUGUCCAUGCAUUGGGAUUCUGGCACGAGCAUACACACAAGGAUAGGGACAAGUACAUCAAGAUCAACACACAAAAUAUUCAACCUGGCAAAGAAGAGCAGUUUAAAAAACAGGAAAGCGACACAAUGGGACCAUUUGAUUAUGACAGUAUCAUGAUGUACGGACCCACUUUCUUUUCGAAGAAUGGAAAACCAACAAUCGAACCUCUCAAGAAGGGAGUAAAGAUUGGUCAGAGAGACUCGUUGUCUAAGACUGACGUCGCUGAGAUCAAGAAGAUGUAUGGCUGCAAAUGAACAGAUCCGGGAAAACACGAUGAUUCCUUUAAUGUAGAAAUAUUCUAAUUAAUAUAAGAGCAC